GUAUAUAAUUUCCAUAUAGUAUAUAGUUCCUGCCCCUUUUUUUUUUUCUUCUUCUUCGUCUCUCUCGUAACGCGCCUGAGUCCUCUCGUCCUUAUCUCGAUUUUGGCCGAUUGUCUCUCUGAUUGCGAAUUAGGGCUUUUUCUGAAGAUGACGACUGCAGCUAGGCCAACGUGGGCUCCUGCUAAGGGAGGUAACGAGCAGGGUGGUGCUCGGAUCUUUGGCGCGUCUCAGAAGUACUCGUCCCGAGAUGUCGCCGCUCACACAACUUUAAAGCCAAGGAGGGAAGGGCAACACACUCAAGAGGAAUUGCAGAAGAAAAAUCUUCGUGAUGAGCUUGAAGAGCGUGAGAGGAAACAUUUCUCAUCCAAAGACAAAUCUUACAGUGAUGAUAGAGACCGCAGGAGAGGAAGUCAGCUAUUACUGGAAGGUUCUAAAAGGGACCCUGAGGAUCGAAUUGUUCCUCGCAGUGUAGAUGCUGAUGAUUCUGAUGUUGAUAUCAAAAGUGAUGAUGAUAGUGAUGAUGAAAGUGACGAUGAUGACGAGGACGACACUGAAGCUCUUAUGGCUGAACUUGAACAGAUAAAGAAAGAGAGAGUGGAGGAGAGGCUCAGGAAGGAAAAGCAGCAGCAGAUGGAAGAGUUAAACGCCAAAGAAGAGGAACUUCUUAAAGGGAACCCACUGCUUAACAACACUCCAACUUUGUUUAAUGUCAAAAGGAGGUGGGAUGAUGAUGUGGUAUUCAAGAAUCAGGCACGUGGGGAAAUGAAAGCUCCUAAGCGCUUCAUCAAUGAUACAAUCAGGAAUGACUUCCAUAGAAAAUUCCUCCACAGAUACAUGAAGUGAUUGAACAAGAGUUUUAUUUGCUACUUGUCUGUAUGAUGAAUGAAUUAAGGCUUUUAUUCUGUCUGGGAUUUACGAUAUCUCUUUGUACCAAUACAGAAGCCAACCAACAACUGUUUUUUAUGGUUUAUAUCAAAAGCUUAUGCGCUUGACUUUAAAGCUA